CUGUUUUAUAUCCAGAUUACCUGAUCCUUAUUACAGUCUGAGCUAAUCAAUGGUAUAUGUGUCUCUCAAGAUAUUUAAUCUGUUGCUUGAUACCAUCAGGCUGUCCAACACACCACUAUUCUCAGCCCUCCGGUUUCUCUCUCAUUUCAUUGGCCUACAUGUCAUGUUAUACACUUUGAUGUCAUCCAUCUACAGAUUUAUAGUCCUAUUUCCUUGCUAGCAGGCCAUAUUAUCUUUCUAGUACCAUUCGAAUG